CAUCGAAUGCGACAACGAAAGAUGGCAACACCGGCAUUUAACAAAUCUCUUAAUCCCGAGAUGAUUGGAGAAUGUACUAGCGAACUUAUAACUUUGCUAAAUAAACAUACUGAUACUCCGUUAGAUAUAUUCACAUUAAUGAAACGCAUUACCGUUCAAACAUUAGGAAAGUUGGCUUUCUCUCUGGAAGAGGAACCAUAUUUUCUGAAAACUUAUGAAAAAAUUGUAGAACUUCUUCAAAACCCGCUUCAUAUGAUAUUAAAAUUUACUUAUAAGCUUCCGUUAAAAGUAAAUCGUGAACUCUCACAAUUAAUUAAAGAGUUUGAUCAAUUUAUAUAUAAUGUCAUUGAACAACGAAAACUUGAUCUUGUUAAAGAAACAACAAAAGAAGACCACACAGAUUUAUUGGCUAAUAUGUUGGAAAAUAUUGGCAAUGAAAAAUUUGAAUACACUAUAAAGGACCUUAGAGAUGAACUGACUUCGAUUUUUUCUGCUGGACAUAAUACAAGAGAAGAAGCAAUUCAAGUCUUAGGAAAUUACUCUAAAAUACCAAAUUCAGAAAAUGUUAAGAAAUUAAAAUAUAUAAAAGCAAUCAUUGAAGAAUCACUUCGUCGUUAUCCAGCAGUAACAAUGUUACCAUUCCGUAAAGUUUUAAAGCCUUUAAAGCUUAGUCAAAAUAUUGAAAUUCCAGAAGGAAUAAACAUUUCACUGAAUAUUUGGCAGAUUCAUAAAAAUUCAGAUCUUUGGAGCGAUGAGUUUGUGCCCGAAAAAUUUAUGAAUCAAGAAGCAAAAAAGAAUUGGAUUCCGUUCUCUAAUGGGCAUAGAAAUUGCAUUGGACAAAAUUUUUCAAUGAUGGAACAAAUAGUUAUUACCGCAAUGAUGUUACUUAAUUUCGAGGUUUCUUUGCCUCCUGAGAGUCAAAAUUUG